AUGCAAUCGCUCUGGGCUAGGGCCGGCCAGGCUCAUCGUUGCGGGUGCAGGGCUUGUAGCACCGCAAUUGGUGCGGCCAGGAGGCGAGCUACUGGGGCUGCUGGACAACGGAAAGCGACCUUUGCCGAAAUAUUCACAGCCUGCUACAGCUCAGUUUUUGCUACCGCCGCAAUUGUUGAUGCCGUACGGAAAGAUGAGCGAAGAAGAGAGUUGGAUCGGCAGCUGGAGGAAGCUAGGCGAGAACUGAGCGAAUUGCAGGGCCGCUGCUCAUCAAGUGUAUCGACGACAGAAGCCAACGGAUCAGACCUAUCAAUACACCAGAUGGACGCCCUCUGGAAAAGUCUCAAGGCAAUUUACCGAAACCGGCCAUUUAUGAAGGAAAUCGACAAACCAGCGACCAUCGCCGCAUCCGAGCUAGUUGCCGACCUGAAGGAAGACUUUUACAACACCCUAGGAGAGCCCUCGUUGCGCCGCUCGAGACAGAUCAAUUACGAGCAGUUGGAAAGGGCGAUCAUGGUUGAAGAGCGAGAUGAACGGAUCAGCUUCCGAGAGUCGCUCAAUCAAACACAAUUGCUCCGCGAAACACGCAGCAUUGAAUAUCUCGUUCAACAAUUGCUGGACCGUGCGGAGAUCUUCGACAAUGGCUCAACGUCAAGCCCGGCAUUUGAUGAGGCCAAGGGGCUCACAGCGAAGGGAUAUCCAAACUUCUCAUUCCGAUCAGUAGAUCCGGAGAAAGCGACCAGAAACACAGCUGCUUUGAACAGCCAGAUCCGAUCUUUGAUCGAGACCAAGGGCCUGAGCUGGAAAGAGAAGAUCGGAAGAGUCUGCUACAAUCUCCUUGUAUCGGCUCAUCCUCCCGAUAUGCAUACAUACAACACUCUCAUUGUUGCUUUUGACAAGUCCGGCCACCACGCCUUCUCCGACGCUUUGGUGUACUCCUUUUUCCAUAGACGGUUGUUGAAACCGACCCCAUCUACCUUUACAGCGAUUCUCAACCAUUACAAGGUAACGCAAAAUCAUGGCCAGUUUCUGCGGGCUUUGGCAUGUCUCACUGGGCUGGAUGGAAAGUCUGGUGGCAAGAUGGGUAGACGACAUCUCAAAGACAUCGAACAUUGGGGCAUGGAAAAAUGGGCUGCAAAUUCCAAGCUGCGUACGCGCACAGGAAAUUGGGUAUGGGAACAUGUCCCUCUCAAUGUGCCUUUGGUGGAAACAAUCCUCAAUGGCCUCCUCCACUUCAAGCUUUUUGACGAAGCCGCGUCAUUCUUCGUCUCGUGCUUGCGUUCUGGCGUUGAGUUGAGCACAAACGCGGUCAAGCAACUGUUUGAUGAGUGCGUCACUGCUCUUGAUUGGAGAGCAGCUGUGAGGUUAGUCCGGGGUCUUUCCAAUAGUCAGAAGAAAUGGGAGCUCCUCUUGUCACUGGAAGACGAUAACACUGCAGCCUACCUCGUCGGCAGGGUUUUCGCUCUAAUCGACCUUUGCGGACUCGGACAACAUUCACCGCAACCUAGCGAAACGGGUCUCGCAAACUUGGACAUUUCUGGACCCAAAUUCCAACGACUGUUGGAGUCACUAGCCAAGGCGAAUCUACUGUUACCAGAAAUAUAUUCUGGUAGCUUUCAGACGCCAACUGAGGCAGAGAACAGCCAAUUAACUAUAUCCAAGAGCCGGCUGUUGCAACUCGAGAGUAUGUGGAAGGAGUAUGAGUUUGUCCGGAAAACGACGCUUUCAAUAGAGAGCAAACUUCUCUACCCUGAAUUCUCAUCGACAUUCAGAGAAUCUAUGGCAAUGUACAUUGGCACGGGGGCUGUCGAGAAGUCCCAAGCGUUGACCCGGGAGCUCGAGGGUGAGUUGGUUCCAACUGGACCUCUGUCACGUCGGUUGAAUCGAGCGGGCAGUGGAGACCAGGUUGUUGAGGAUGCCGAUUUGGUGGAGGAAAUGGAGACCAUGACUGUGGAAGACCGGAUAGAGGGAAACAAAGGAGAAAGACAACAAGAAACUGCCACGCCUUCUACGGCAGUCCCCGAGUGGGCGGCUUCGUAUAUCAACUACAAGGGCCUUAAGAAACUCGUCAAAGCUCUGGCGGAAAAAUCAAGGAAUGGAGAGACGGUAGAUCCAGCAGAACUCUUCUUCGCCCUCGACCGCAAUCUUGAAGAUGUCGACUCUUUCUACAACAAGAAGUUCGCAGAGGCAUGCCGGCGGUUGAACAUCCUUCACAAUCGCUAUGGCCGCGUCCCCGAUGUCGUGGCCACUCUUGACCAAGAUGAGGUUGAAGAGGUUAUGGGCGCCUUGCUGGAGCUGCGGACACAGCUAAGGAAUCUCCAAUGGUUCGGUGAGAUCAACCGCAGAGGUUUUGUCAAGAUUACCAAGAAACUGGAUAAGAAAGUCCCGCAGAUUUCCUACCAACAUCGAUACAUCUCUACCAAGGUUGACCCGAAGCAGUUUGCCAAGGAUGGAAACAUUACUAGAUUGCUUGCUGAAAUAAACCGCUGGCUAUCUGUGCUUAGCGAUGCCCAGCAAGUGGACGAUUCCACGUCAGAUCGCUCUACUCGCUCCCUGGGUCGUGCUUCGGCCAAGGCUAUGCUGAACUUGCCACAGGCGCAGUUGGACAUCUUGGACCAUGCUGUUCGCAAUGACGACGUAUCAUCGCUCAAAUGGGGUCUGACGGACGCCAAUGUUGCCUCAGAGGCAGCAGUUCAGACGUUGUUGCUGAACCUUCUUCAGCGGUCCAUCUCUGGCCGCUCCCGACAGUGCAUCACGUACCUUCUUACCCAGAUCAAAGAUUUGGACGAACCGGAUGACAUUAAUGGCCGGAACUGCAUCCACCGACUGGUCAUCCACAUUGGUCGUACAAAGUCUGCAGCUCAAGAUGAGGACUCAAGUGCGUAUCCCGUGCCUGUCGGGACACAAUUCACCAAUCGGCACCUGCAGCCAGCCGUGUCGUCCACCCUUGCUGUCAAAGCAAUCAACACCAAGGAGUCAAACCUUCUUUCCAAGGAAGACGAGGCCGUUCAAUUACUGCUUUAUCUCCUGGACCAGCUUAGCGAGAGCCAGCACGUGGCUUUGAAGAGCCGCGAUUCCUUUGGGCGCCUUCCUUUGCACUAUGCCGCCCAGUUUGGAUUUGUCGUCGUCUGUCAAAUUAUCAUGAAGUAUAUGCAGGAUUGGAACCAGUUUGACGCCAAGGAUGGCAUUGAUGCCCCUGAAUGGCACGACAACGAUGGCUUCGCACCACUUCACUUGAGCGUCAUGGGCGGUCAUCCCCUGACCACGCAAGCAUUGCUCCAAGGCGAAAAUUGGCAGGGAAGCAGUGAGGCCAAGGUCCAGAUUCGAAAGACCAUACAAAAAUCUGGUGCUUCUCUAGCCCUGGCCACAAAGUCCAACUAUGAACCAAUUGUUCAAAUGCUUGUUGAUGCAGGAGUAGACAUCAAUUGGACUGACAAGACUGGCGAAACGGCAAUGCAUAUUGCAGCCAGAUUUGGUCACGAAGCUUGUGCCCGCAUCAUUCUUCGUGGUAGCGACUCUCAAAAAGCCGAUAUUGAGAUUGCAGAAAACUCUUAUUCUUGGACUCCUCUCCAUGUGGCAGCUGUCGACGGCUCUCUCUCAGUUGUGCAGCUUCUCGUUGAUGCUGGCGCCGACGUAUCAAAACCAGAUGCAUCGGGCUGGACUGCCAAGGAACAUGCCACCCUUCGAGGACACAUGGAUAUCGCUCGUUAUCUCGCUACGCAUACCAAUGAAGAAGAGGCUGCCGCGAGAAUAGCGCAAGGCCUACAGCAGUCCCACCCACCAGAGAACUCAUCCAUCGAUGGACGGCGGUCCAAUGUACCCAACGGCAGUGUUUCUCGCCCUGCAGAGCCAGUCAAGACCUUUGGACAUCGUUAUCUCACAAACGAGAGCUUGGUGCUAGUGAGCUUGGGAACGAUGGACAUUCGAAAGUCCACAGAAGCUGUUCACCUGGACAGUGUUCCUCUGACCGAAGCCCACAGUACACAACUCGACACAGCACUUUCUGUCGUUGUGAGUGCCAAUGGCGCCCAAGGCGAUCCUACCACCAUCGAUCUUCCCGUCCACGAAGGAAUUUCCACGGAACCAGUUGUUUUCAAGACCACCGACGCAAGCAAGGUCAAGCUGCUGUUUGAUAUCAUUCCAACCUAUUCCGGCAGCGAAAAGAACAAGAUUGGUCGCGCUGUUGCCCUGCUUUCCACAGUGAAGCCCACUAUUGGCUCACGGCGGAUGAAUCUCCAGGGAGAUGUCUGUGUCCCCAUCAUGUCUAGUAACCUGGACGUUAUUGGUACUGUCAACUUCAACUUUCUCGUCAUCACGCCCUUCUACCACCCCAACAUGGAGAUUACAUCGCGGCAGACGUACUGGAGAAAGCUCUCGUCAACGAUGCUCAUCGGCCACCGCGGUCUAGGCAAAAAUCUUACAUCUAAUAAGUCGCUCCAGCUUGGAGAGAAUACGUUACCAUCUUUCAUCGCCGCCGCCAACCUUGGUGCUCAAUACGUUGAGUUUGAUGUCCAGUUGACCAAGGACCACGUCCCAGUCAUCUACCACGACUUCCUUGUCAGUGAAACUGGAAUCGACGCUCCAGUUCACACCCUUACACUGGAGCAGUUCUUGCACAUCAACCCGGACAAGGCCAGAGACCGAGCUCAUAAGAAUGGGUUAGAUAGGGAAAGCCUUGAUGACCUCCCUAUUCGGCCUCGCAGCAGCAGCUUUGCACCCCCCAAGCGGUCACUGUCCAUGGGUUAUGCUGGUACCGGGAAUAGGGAGAUGGAAGAACGCAUGAAGCACACCAGAGAUUUCAAGGCAAAGGGUUACAAGGCCAAUUCCCGCGGAAACUUUAUCCAGGCCCCCUUUGCCACGCUGGAAGAUUUGUUUCGACAACUGCCAGAGGAGAUUGGCUUCAACAUGGAGCUCAAGUACCCCAUGCUUCAUGAGAGCGAAGAGCACGAAAUGGACACAUAUGCAGUUGAGCUCAAUUCCUUCUGUGAUACCGUAUUGUCCAAAGUGUAUGAUCUGGCUGAGAACCGCCACAUCAUCUUCAGCUCCUUCAAUCCAGACAUCUGCCUCUGUCUCAGUUUCAAGCAGCCUUCUAUCCCUAUCCUGUUUCUCACGGACGCGGGCUGCAGUCCUGUUGGAGACAUUCGCGCAUCAUCACUACAGGAAGCAAUUCGGUUUGCAAGCCGCUGGAACUUGCUCGGCAUUGUGUCCGCUGCUGAGCCGUUGAUCAACAGCCCCCGCUUGGUCAAGGUGGUGAAAGAAAUUGGGCUGGUGUGCGUCAGCUACGGUGUGCUGAAUAACGAUCCUAUUAUGGUUCAGAGACAAGUAAAAGAAGGCAUCGACGCCGUCAUCGUUGAUAGCGUCUUGGCCAUCCGAAAGGGUCUCACGAGCGGCGAGUCCAAUGCCACCGACGGAUCCAACGGCUCGCCUACGACGGAGGAUGAAUUGAAAUUGAGCGUUGAGGCGAAAUAA